AUGUUUUCGCAAUACCUCACAACUUUGGUUCUCUUGAUUUGCAUCAUCUUGAGUAUCAAUGUCACGGCAUAUACACCUUUAUCCGAUGAGACACUUCACAGUCUUCCUUCUGGAGGCCCAGAUUUCGAUAUACAUAAUGGGGCCAUUCUUUCGCCAAUUUUGAUACCACGAGUUCCAGGAACUCCGGGGAUUCAAGCCGUCCAAAGGCAUUUUGUUGAUUUCUUUACAAUGCAUCUUCCGGAAUGGACAAUCGAGUUCCAAAACUCGACUUCUAAGACUCCCGUCACUGGUGACAAACAAGUACCAUUCGUUAAUAUCAUAAUAACUCGCGAUCCUCCUUGGACCAAACCCGGAAAUGUUGGAAGAUUAGCCUUGGUUGCACAUUACGAUAGUAAACUCGCGCCUGCAGGAUUUAUUGGCGCAACUGACAGCGCAGCUCCAUGCGCAAUGAUUAUGCACGCAGCUAGAAGUGUGGAUCAAGCAUUAACAAAUAAAUGGGCGGUAAUGAAAACGGCUGGGGAUAUUGGUUUGGAGGAAGAAAAGGGUGUUCAGAUCUUGUUUCUCGACGGUGAAGAAGCAUUCCUGAGUUGGACCAAUGAUGAUUCUCUAUACGGUGCAAGGGCAUUGGCAGAAACAUGGGAAAUAACACCUCACGCAGCUAUGUCAAGUUACAAAAACCCACUGGACUCGAUUCAUUUAUUCCUUCUUCUUGAUCUUCUCGGCCACGAUACUCCAAACAUUCCUUCAUACUUCGAAACUACACAUUGGGCAUACAAAAGUCUCGCGACCAUUGAAAAUCGCUUACGAUCGCUUGGAAUAGCUCAAUCAAAAGUUAAGCACCAUUUCCUACCCGAUUUCGACCGGGCCUCCUUUUCUGGCGGAGGAGGUGUUCAGGAUGAUCAUCUACCUUUCAUGGCCCGUGGGGUGGAGAUUUUACAUAUGAUACCUUCCCCAUUUCCAAGUGUUUGGCACCGUAUUGAGGAUGAUGGUGAUCAUCUAGAUAUGCCAACAGUGGAGGAUUGGGCCAAAAAUAGUAACGGCUUUUGUUGGAGAGUGGAUGGAUCUUGA